AAGUACACAUUGCACCGAAUUCUAAACGAACACAGUAUCAUGUGUAUAUUUUCAUUUAUGAUUUGACAAUCAGAGUGAGAUAUGUGAAGGCAAAAAUCAAAAUAAACGAAUUUUAUCAAAACAAAGAUGAUUUACUUCUAGUGCUUAUCUUUAUAUAAUUUAAUUAAUUAGGGUCAAAUAAUUUCAACAAUAUGGCAUCUGUAAAAGUAGCAGUUCGAGUACGUCCUUUCAAUCAAAGGGAGCUUGAUAUGGAUGCUCAACUAAUUAUACAAAUGCAGGGAAAAACUACUGGAAUUUUAAAUAGCAAAGCUAAUACAAGAGAUGAAAGCAUUAGGUAUAAAGAAUUUACAUUUGACUACUCAUAUUGGUCUCAUGACAGUUCGUCAGGUAAUUAUGCUUCUCAGGAAUUGGUUUACAAUGAUUUGGGAAAAGAAGUUAUAGAUUGUGCAUUUGAGGGCUAUAAUGCAUGUGUUUUUGCUUAUGGACAAACAGGCAGUGGAAAAACUUUUACCAUGAUGGGAUCACCAGAUAAUCAAGGACUUAUUCCCAGAAUUUGUAAAGCUCUUUUUGAAAAGAUGUCAGAAAAUUCUAAACGAGGAACAACUCAUAGAGUGCAAGUCAGUUAUCUUGAAAUUUAUCAAGAAAGAGUUGCUGAUUUACUUCGAGACAGAGAUAACAACUCACUAAAAGUUAGAGAACAUCCUAAAAAGGGUCCUUAUGUUCAAGGACUAACCACGUGCCUCGUUACUAAUUUUGGACACAUUCAGGAAUGUAUGGAAAGGGGAAAUUCUCACAGAACCACUGCAGCUACAAACAUGAAUGACGUUAGUAGUAGAAGUCAUGCUAUUUUCACCAUUACUUUUGUCCAAGCAGGAUACUGUGAUGGAGUUCCAAGUGAAACAGUAUCAAAAAUUCAUCUUGUUGAUUUAGCAGGUAGUGAGAGAGCAGAUGCAACUGGAGCUACAGGACAACGACUAAAAGAAGGUGCUCAUAUAAAUAAAUCACUUGUUACUUUAGGUUCUGUUAUUUCUGCUUUAGCUGAGUUGUCAGCUGAACAAAAUGGCCACAAAAAAGCUACAUUCAUACCUUACAGAGAUUCCGUCCUCACGUGGCUAUUGAAAGAUAGUCUUGGAGGAAAUUCUAAGACUAUUAUGAUAGCUGCUAUCAGUCCAGCAGAUUGUAAUUAUGGUGAGACAUUAAGUACGCUCAGAUAUGCUAAUAGGGCAAAGAACAUAAUUAACAAACCUACUGUUAACGAGGAUCCCAAUGUUAAACUUAUAAGAGAAUUGAGAGAUGAAAUUAGUAAACUGAGGGCUUUGAUGUUCUGUGAACAACGAAGUGAUAUGUUGGCGCAGCUUCAUGAAAAGGAAGCUCGAGAAAAGGAAUUAACCGAAGAAUGGACUGGAAAAUGGAGAGAAGCACAAGCCAUUCUUCGAGAACAAAGGGCAUUAGGUUUAAGAAAAGCUGGUCCGGGAGUAGUUUUAGAUUCUGAUAGACCACAUUUAGUUGCAAUUGACGAUGAUCCUUUAACGACUGGUGUUACAUUGUAUCACCUCAAAGAAGGUAAAACUACAAUAGGAACUGAAGAAUCAGACGUUAAACAAGAUAUAGAAUUAAAAGGAGCUGGAAUGGAACCUCAACAUUGUACCAUAACUUUUGAAAAUGGAAUCGCAACUCUAACUCCUCAAGUAGGAGCGCAAGUUAUGUUGAAUAAUACGCUAUUGGAAUCACCAGCAAGGCUUUCCCAAGGCUGCAUUAUAUUUCUAGGCAAAGCACAUGUUUUUAGAUUUAACGAUCCUGCAGAGGCUGCAGAAUUAAGAAAGGGCGAAAAAACUUAUAAUUUAUCUAGACUUAGUCUUUUAAGUUGGUCAACACCUGAUUUAGCUAUAUCAAUGGAAAACCUACAGUUAAUGAAUGCGGAUGAAGAAGUUAAAGCUGAAAUAGAAAAUAAAAGACUAAAUUUCGAAAAAGAAAAAGAACAGUUUGAAAAAGAACAAGUGGCUUUCGAGAAGAAGCAGGAAAUUUUUGAAAAAAGGAAGAAGAAUUUGGAACAGGCUCAAGCCAAAUUGGAAGCUGAAAAGCUAACUGUUAAAAAAGAAUUUGAGGAACAGAGCCGUCAAUUGCAAGAUGAUUGGCGGAAUCUGGCAGCUCAACAAAAGGAGAAAGAAUUGGAGUUGGAACAAAAGGAAAAAGAGUUAUUAUUCGAAAGACAGAAAUUGGAAAGAGACAGAAAGGCGAUACUCUCUGAGAUAGAAAAUGAAUGUGCAAACCUGCAGGAUGUAAAACAUGACAUUUUACUAAAGCUGACAAACGUUUGUGAAAUUGUUUCAUCUAACGUUAACGAAAUAUUGUUUCCAAGUUCCAAAACUAAGAAUAUUUUUCAGGAAUUAGUUGCAAAAUCUAAACAAACACCUCUUUUACCAGAAGAAAACGAUCAGCUUAUUGAAAUAUUUAAUGGUAUAUCAGGCUCUUCAGUCAUAAAAGAUAUAGUUGAUAAGCAUCGUAAAGAGCUAGCCGAGCUACAAGCUGAACUUAAUAAGAGAGUUGAAACUUUAUGUGAACAUCAGAGGAAUGUAGAAUUGUUGGAUAAAAAAAUAGUAGAUUUAGUAGAUCAACAAAAAUCCUUAGUUAAAAGCGAAAAUCAAAAUGAAGAUUUAGAAAAUUUAAAAUUGAAAUUGUGUAAGCGGACGGAAGAAGAAUUAAAAAGAAUCGAGGAAAAGAAACAAGGAUUCACUCUCAAUUUAAAAAGAGUAAAUUCUGUCGAAAGUCCUGAUUCCUGUGAAGUAAAUUACACCAGUAGUCCUGAUAAUGUUCCAGAUACAUUAAGCAGUGAUACUUACCAUACAGCUCCAAAUACUUGCUCUCCUCGUUUUGUAGAUACUAAACUAGAUCCUUUGAUGAGUGAUAGUGGAGUAGAAUUAAGAUCAUCUUCUCGUCCCCAAGAUGACAGUGAUUUUUCCAGCACUGAAGAUAAGGUGGUGGUUAGCGAUUCACAAUCUACUAGUUCAACAGAAAACCGUUCACCAACGAAUAAGAAAAAUAAAAGGAGAGAAACUGAAAUGUACUUAAGAAGACUUUCUCAAAGAAUAGCCCAACAAAAGCUUCUUAUCGUGAAAAAUUUGGACGGGAAUUGCUUGAAAGUACACUUAGAUAAUCAAAUUGCAGUAUUGCAAGAUCUUCAACGACAGUACAUGUCACUAAAAUAUGGUUGUACAUCGACUUUAUCACCAACUUCGGAACAUCCUUUGCAAGAUAUUGAUAGUCCUAGUCCGAUAAGACCUACACAUACAGGGUCUACUUCUGCUCUUUAUUCUCCAACAAUACAGGGACAUAACUGUUUAUCACCAUUGAAUCAAAAUUUAUACAGAUCCAUGCCUUCCAUUAAUGUUGAUACUGACAACGAUGCAAUUGUCUCUAUAACAAGCUUUUGCUUAAGAGGAGCAGGUAGUAGAACACAUUAUGAAUAUGAAGUUAGAAUAAAUACUGUAGAUGAAAGGUGGACAAUUUUAAGAAGAUACAGUCGAUUUAGGGACUUACAUCUAGCGAUGAAAGCAAGGUAUAAAGAUAAGGUUUCAGCAAUACCGUUUCCAUCAAAAACAAUUUUUUCUAAUACUGAAACCGUAGCUCAAUCUAGAAAAAGGCAGUUGGAAUUAUAUUUGAGAAGAUUAGUGGAGACUUGUAAAAAUCAUCCAUCUUGUCCAUUGGCAUACGGUGGACCUAUUACCAAAGCUGCCUUGAUCAAUUUUUCACCUUUUUUCAGAAAAGGUGUUUUCGAAAAUGGAAAAUAUGGAACUUCAUGAUGUAAGAAGCUGAAGUACAUUUAUAUCAACAUUGUUUUUAAAGUUAUAUUUUUUAAUUGUUAUUUUGUUUGACUAAGUUAUUUAGGAAUCUAAAGUUAAAAAAAAUAGCUGCAAAUUACUAGAAGUUGAGGAAAUAGAGCACAAAUUGAUUCUAAAUAUAGGAGAUGUAUAAACAAUUGGGAUUGAAACAAUAUUUUUGGUAUUUUAAAAUUAUUCAUAAUGGAUAAUGUUUGGGAAAAAAUGAAUCUCAUCAUAUUUCCUAAGCAAAAUUAUUAGUUAAUAUAACUUACAGUGGAAUCAGAUUCUCAGAAGCUUUCUCUGAUCCCGAAUAUGAUCAAAAUGUGUCCAUCGCCAACUUGGAACUUAGAAUUACAGAUGGACGUCAUCUAAAAUUGAACUAAACUAUCCACCAGGUUUUUUUUGAAAAUAUGCUGAACGAUACCCACGAAACUUUUCUCCUUUUCGAUUCUGGCAACGGCAACAACAUCGUGAGACCCGGUACAUUGAAACAUGGAUGACCUCCUUGGAAGUUUUCCUGCAAAUUCGUCCAAACGAACUGAAAAUCGUAUUAGAAGCGUUCUUAUGUCGUCUUUUCCCGAUUCUAGCAACUGAGAAAACUCGGCAGGGCCUGAUAUACUAAAACAUGGACAUCGUACUCGGAAGUUUCUUAACAAAUUCAUGGGAAUAAACGAAAAAUCGCAUCAAGUGGCUUCUUCUUUCUCAAUUUUGGCAUCAAAAACUGAUCUGUGGGAUUGGGUGCACAUUGACAUCACCCACGUACCCAUUUCAAUGGUUUCCAGUUACAGGAACGCUUCUAAAUAUGACAUCGACGCUCAGGUAUUCGAGGGUGAUCGCAUCUUUUUAAAUGAGAAUGAAUUUCAGUAGGAGCUUCGAGGAUGGUGAUCAUCAGUAACCUGAUUUUUAUCAAUUGCAGAUAUUAUUAAAUAAGUUUUCUUAACAUUCUUAUAUAAUAUGGUCUCGAUACCAAUAAUUUUAUAAAGCGAAUGCUAAAAAUUCCAUUUCAAUCCGAUUUGUUCAAAAUUGAGAGGUUCGGUGCUUUAUUGCCUACAUGAAUCUAUAAAAUUAUCUUUCCAUGGCACAGUGUUCCGGCCGCCACAAUCCUAAGUUAUUUUAUCAUAUGCAAUCUUAUAUUAUCCAAGUUUCAUAAAAAAAAUUCAAAUGGUCCUAAAUCCUUGAUAAGUAUAUAAAUAUUUUUAUUUAAGCAAACUCGGUGCAUACAAUUAGAUGAAGAUUAGGUGUAUUAUACUUAGGGGUGUAUUUGGUGGCACUUUUUUGUUUAUAAAAUUGCUAUGUUAACAGAUAUCGAUCAGCAAUUAUAUUAUUAAUAAAUAACUAAGUUAUUUUAUACAGAAUGUCUUCGAAGUAUAUAAAUUUUGAACGAUUAUAACAAAUCAUCAUUUUCUGUUAUUCGUUAUUCAUGCCUGAUAUUGUUAAUUAUUCAUUAUAUGUUGAAAUUUUUCUUUUUGAUUUACUGCAUUAUUAAAUUUCAUUAAAACGCUCAGCGCAUUCUGUUUAUUUGUAGAUGGAGUCUUACAAUCAAUAUUUAAACAUUUUUUUUUAAUUUCCCCUAAUUACUUAAUUUCAAUCAAAUGAGAAAUCUCUAAAAAAUAAUGAUUUAAUGGUAAUUAAUUAAAGUCCUAUAUCGAAACCAUAGAGAUAUUACAGAUAGAGGCUACAAGUCCGCCAGAUAGAGAUUCAGAGGUUUAGGCUAUCCUUCUCUAACGGCACGCUAUAGUAUAGAUACAGACAGAGACGGAAAAAAAUAGAUGAGAAGCUCGUCCUCUGAGUUGAAGUAAACUUUAGUCGAUGUUCUCGAAUAAAAGUUUUAUUUUGAAACAUUUUAAGUACAUCACAGUAAUGUUUUUAAAUAUAUUUAACAAUUCGAGUCAAAAAUUCAAUCCAAGAGGGUGAUUUUAGUACUUUACAAAUAAUAUAAUCAAUUUUCAACUUGUUCCAAGUUGAACAAAAUAUUUUUAUUGAUACUAUUUAAAUAUUUUGAGGACACUGUAUUUUUGAAAAAUAUUGUUUUUAUUUUUUAAAGCAAUUUUAACUACAGCAAACUCCUGAUUAUUCGUGAUAUUCGGAAGUAAGACAACCACGGAUAAUCCGCUAAAUUUUCAUAAGCUCAAAAAAUCAAAACAAAAAGUAAAGAAAAAUUCAAGUUAUAUCAAUAUUUUUUUUAAAGAAACCUGAAAAUUCUGCACUUUGCUCUGAUUUUACACUAAGCACUUAGAUAACCAACUCAAAAGGCUUCGCCCUUCAGUCUUCUCUUUAGGUGGGUGUUGUCGAGAAGCUGGUGGGCCUCGAUGUUCACAUGUUUUAAGAGCGCAAAUUUAGUGGAUACCUGGUCCCGAUGAAGAUCGUUAUUUCGAAAGGACGCAUCAACGAUGCUCCUUAACACUUUAUUUUGAAAUCUCUGGAUUAUUUGGGUGUUGCUUUCGCUGGCACAUCCCCAUAGUUGAAUCCCUUAGGUCCAUACCGGUUUCAGGAUUUGUUUAUAUAGAAGAAGUUUUUAAUAAUUCACAGUCGGGUGCCUUCCCAGCAACCAUUACAUUUUCUUGUAUCUAAUACCUAGUUCUUCCAUCAAUAUUUCACAAAACAAAUACAUCAAAUACACAACUACUUUGUUCUUAAAUUUACCACAAGAAAAACAAAACGCAGAUAAUCCGUAAAACGGAUAAUCAAGAGUUUACUCGAUUUUAUAGUUUUAAAUUAUUAUUAUCCUUGCUAAUAGCAAAAAAGUGGGUAAUAUUAUAUUUUAGGGUACAACUCUCGUAUGAAGUAUAUCAUUUUAGGGUCAUUCUGAGCAUGUCUAUGAAUAUUUAUAUGAAGCGCUCUUGCCUCCUAAGUUCAAAUUUUCAUAAUGUACGAUACUAUUCUUUUAUAUCUUCAGCUCACUGUUCCCCUCGGUCUAGUGGUUACUCCGAUCGAUUGACUGCAUUCUUUACUGAGGUUGCUCGUUAGUAUCCAGCACCCCACCAUUUUCGUAUAUUUAUUAUCAACAUUUUAUCCCCUACCACAUGUCCCAAGAUCAAGACCAGAGAGUUGUACCCUAAAACAUAGAAUUUCCAAAAAGUGUAUGUGAUAAACUUUUUGAAAGAAUAUUCGUUGUGAUAUAAAUCCAGUUUCCACUUGUAUGUAUAUUUAAGAAGAAAAAAAAUUUGAUACUGUUUAUUUUUAUGUAAAUAAAUAUUUACAACGACUCUAUUAGUGAUAACUGCCCACCAAAAACUGGUGUUGGCUGCAUUGUAAAUUCGUUUUAUCUGCAUAGAAUAUAUAAUUUCAAUUUCCAAUGAUUUUGUAAUUAAAUUCCAAAUAAAAAAAUUUUUGUUAAUACACAAUAUCUCUAACGGUCAAAUUAAAAUGUUACAAUGGGUCAAGUAUAUGUUUGAAAUGCAUGUCGAUUAUAACAGGUUACAAUUACCACUAAUGUAGUUGUUGCAAAGAUAUAAAUUUUGUUUAAUUUACUUGAAAAGAGAUGUUCGAUAGCUUUUAUGACAAAUUUAACGAAGGUGGUACGAUAUUAAAUGUCCUUAUUUUUUUUAUUGAUGUGUUACACAUCCACUAACUUAAUUGAAAUAAAUUAUUGUUAUUAA